GCGUGUGAUGGCGUACUGAAGCGAAAAUUCUAAUCGUUCCCAUUGCCCUGCGAAACUAUUAAAGUUUUCGAACCGGAGCCAGUUUGCGUCCGAUUAGCUGCGUGCUGGGAGUAGUGCAACAAAAUCGAAAACAUACAAAGUGCUCAGGACGCGAAUUACAUCCAAUUAGUAACCCUCGUGUGUUCGAGCGUGUGCAGUUGAAUGGUGCGAAGUGAAAAUCAAUAAUCGGUUCGCGUUUUUUGUUCAAUGUAGGCCUACAUCAAUCAUGGUAUCGCAUCAGCUGAAUAUCUGAAAGCGUAGAAGAACAAAAUAUAAUAAGCAGGCCAAGCAACCCAGAAGUCGCGAAUUAGCAGACCAUGCUAGGUGGCUAGUAAGGUCGGUUCGCAUUCGUCGCAACAGCGUUUGGUAAGGAACGGAAUAGCGAAAUUAGCCAAUUCCUAGCUAACAGCGUUUGCCAAGGAACACAAUGUUUUGCGGUGCUCAGCUGAGUGGGUGGAACAGCUGAUUGAUCAUAAUAAUUGGUGGUUACUCACAUAGUCACAGGCCCUGCGCUGUGCUACGCCCUUUGCUGCACGUGGAACUCACGCACUCAUUAUCAACAACAUCCGACCGACUGUUUUGCGAUACCAAAUAAGUCAGGGGUUUUUACUCCUCCAAGGUGCAGUCGCUUACAAAGCAAACCUUAUCGCAGGAAAAUUAAGUCGACUCGUACUGGUCUCAGCUGGGAACAGUAAGCAACGGAGCAACGAUAGUUGCCGUAUGCGAAAGUGCGACGACAACCGGUUAGUUACUGGCAGUAUGUUCUAGUGGUGCCGAAAAGCGAAACAACUAACAAAGCAACCUACGAUACGGCAAUCGGAAGUUCAUGAACCUGUGUCGCAGAUUGUCAUUCCAGCACAGUGCUACGUCACAGUAGUUCUAGGGUGUACUAUUCUGAACAGAAAACACCCUCGACACGGUUACCAGGGGGUGUGCUCGCCUCUACUGCUACGCAGCAACCUGAUAACAGCAGCUUGAACAUUCCAACGAAACCAGACACUUCGCAUCAAACAGCAACCGACCGGGGGCAUCAUCGUGGGAACCGUGAUGACUGCUCGCAACGGAGAGCGGGAAAAGGGGUCCGGCAAGGACCCGAAUGAAAAGUUAAACCAGAGCCAGCUAGCCCGGAAUAGAUUUGAGAAAUCAUGUAUGAUACCAGACGACGAAAUCUCUCGCAAGCUACCGAAGGAAAUACUGUUGCGCAUUUUAUCAUACCUCGACGUAACCUCACUGUGUCGCUGUGGUCAAGUGUCUCGCUACUGGAACAUGCUGGCCCUGGAUGGUUCCAACUGGCAGAAGAUUGAUCUUUUCGAUUUCCAACGAGACAUUGAGGGACCGGUGAUUGAGAAUAUAUCGCUCCGGUGUGGUGGUUUCCUCAAGUAUUUGCGUCUGCGCGGCUGCCAAUCGGUCGGCAGCCAGUCCAUUCGUACCCUAGCACAACACUGCCAUAACAUCGAGCAUCUCGAUCUGUCCGAGUGCAAGAAGAUCAGCGAUGUCGCCAUACAACCGCUCAGCAAGCACUGCACCAAGCUGAUCGCCAUCAAUCUGGAGUCGUGCUCGCAGAUCUCCGACAGCAGCCUUAAAGCACUUUCGGACGGAUGUCCGAACCUGGCGGAAAUCAACGUGUCCUGGUGCAACCUUAUCACAGAAAAUGGCGUCGAGGCCCUAGCUAGGGGAUGCAAUAAGAUCAAAAAGUUUAGCAGUAAAGGAUGUAAACAAGUGAGUGAUAGGGCAGUUAUCUCGUUGGCACUAUACUGUCCCGGCAUCGAGGUUUUAAAUCUACAUAGUUGUGAUAGCAUAACGGACGCAUCGAUAUCGAAGAUUGCUGAAAAGUGCAUCAACUUGAAGCAGCUGUGUGUGUCGAAGUGUACUGAGCUUACUGACCAAUCCCUGAUAGCACUGUCAACAAGUAAUCACUAUCUCAACACGCUCGAGGUGGCCGGUUGCGCACACUUCACCGACACGGGUUUUAUUGCCCUGGCAAAGAACUGCAAAUAUCUCGAGCGCAUGGAUCUGGAAGAGUGCAGUUUGAUAACGGAUGCCACGCUGUUGAACUUAGCAUUAGGAUGUCCCAGUCUGGAGAAACUGACACUAUCACAUUGUGAACUGAUAACAGACGAAGGGAUCCGACAGCUGGCUGGUGGGGGUUGUGCCGCCGAAAGCUUAUCCGUCCUCGAGCUGGACAACUGUCCACUGAUCACCGACGCCACGCUAGAGCAUCUGAUAACCUGUCACAAUCUGCAGCGGAUAGAGCUGUACGACUGCCAACUCAUUUCCCGGAACGCUAUCCGCCGUUUACGGAACCACCUUCCAAACAUUAAGGUUCACGCUUACUUCGCCCCCGUCACACCGCCACCGACUGCGAACGGACCGCGACCCAGGUACUGCCGGUGUUGCGAAAUUCUCUGAGAUCAGGCGAUUGGCUUAGCGCGCAAAGUGCUUUGCCGCAGCAGGGAUGACUGAUAUUUAUACCUGUAACCAUAGCUUAGAGCACGUCGGGGCUCCGCGCGCCCGUAGGACUGGACUGCCACGGCGCAGCAUAAUGAGGUAUAGGGAUCGGAUGUGUAAAAUGCCGGUGCAGUUGUUGUGUGACUGACUAUAACUCCGACUACGAGUGGGAUGGAAACUAACGAACAAAAAACAACCACACAUCGACGCAGGGUAACGGAUAUUGAAGGGCGGUACAGCGUGGCACGGUUUGUGGAUUUCGGCAUAUUCAGAGACAUGCGGCAUGUUUGGCGAGUAGUUGACAACUACUUACGUUGGAUGUUACUACUACUACUUACGUAUCGUACACCACAUCUGGCCCGGUGCGAAAACUGAUUUUUGUCUAUCUAUAACAACAAUUUGGCUUUUGGCGAGAAAGGCGACCCCGUGUCGGUUGCGGUUGCAUGAAGAAAGCAAACAGCAUAGAUCCUAGGUACACAUCAACGUUAUCGUAAUCAUUCUAACAUGCAUGCUAUCUGAUAAUUUUAAUACUGUCCAUUUGAUGAGAUUUUUGUGAUCGCUAGCCAGACGGAUGGCGCACCUCGCUGGGAGAGGAUGAGGCCCCCCGAUGAUGAACCGCUACGGUUACAGAAUACCAUUUCCAAAGUUCCCCAAGCAAAUGUUAACAAAAAACAGGAGAACCAACCAAAUAAACUGAUGGUCACACGACACGCCGCUCUGUAUUGGUACCAAUAAACAUACUUUCCGCGAGAACAGAAAAGUGGCAAGGCGAAAACUAAUCCUACAAAAACACAUGUGUUCAAUUAGCGAAAGCAAACGAAUAAAAUAAACAAAACGAGGUAAAUCAGCACACUACCACCCUCUCUGCAUUCAGCAUUAGGAGCUAAAACUGAGCAUAGAAGAGAGAAGAAUGGAAAAACAAUAAGUUUGAACUCUAUCGCGGCACCGUAAAUCAUGCUAUCGGAAGCGAACAUACAACAACAACAUACAACAUAAUAUUGUUUGAUGCAAGAGAGUCGCAAUUUAUUUUGUUUUUCAUAGGCUUCGUUUUUGCGUUCAGCACGCGCCGAACAAAGGAUACACAAUUUUGUGGAAAAAAAACAUUAUACUGCAGCAUCGUUGUGUGCAUCGCUACGCUUGUCACAUGGAAAGGCGUGUAAUUGGAGGCAAUGGUCCGAUUUUAAGUUAACAUAGCAAUGUUAAUUAUGUGUUACUAAUACGCCGGCCAGCAAAAAGGAUAUCAAAUCAAAAAAACGGAAAGCAUGCAAAAACAAUAGACAUGAACUAAAAAAAAACGGAUUAAACAAUCAGUUCCCGGCACAACGAUGAUAGAAUGCCAUUGAUUUGCGAUACCUGCCGUAGCUUGUUUCUUAUAAAGAAAGUAUGCUGGGCCAUAAGCAACCAUAGAAAAAUCAGGAUUAACCAGUUGGUUUAGGGUACAGAACAGAAGGUGAGAUUAAAUGUCGAGUUGCACCAGCACCAGCUGUGCACGUCGGUCUUUUGAUCUGCAGCACGAUGGAUCAGUCAGUAAGGAUCAAGGGUGGGCAAUGAGCCUUCGUCACGAUCUCUUUUUGCGUCAUUGAGAGCGCCGUGAUGGGCAUUUCUUGCGCUGCAGCUUUUAAUUAAUGUUGGCGACGCAUACAAUUCUGACACACGGUAGCUACCCGCGCAAUGGGUUAAUCAGUUGGACUGUAGUACUGUCCUUAGAUGUUUGAAUGUGAUGUGACCAUACCGUGAACGUGUGAGUGUAUGUGCGUGCAUGUGAAGCAAUAUACUGGACGAAAGAGAAUUGGUUUGACUGUCGGAUAGGUGAACGAAUUAAAGGCAUGGUAAUAAAGAGAGUGAACACGUGGAGAAAUUACAAUACAAUUAACUAAAAGGCAAAAAUCGUAUAGCAGUAGCAAACAGUUUUGCCACAGUAAGAAAUACGAGAUUCAGCAAACUAGUAUCAAAUGAGAAAGCGUGUGGCACAAGCAGUUGUUUUGUAUUUAUGCGAACAAUGGUACUGUCCUUGCGAACGACCGAGCCUGCAACUGUAAUAGUAGCUGGUAAGACGUGAGACAAAUCUUACGGCCGAAAGGCUAACAGCGAUUCUAACUCUAAUGGGGAACCCCGAGAAAUAAUAGGCGCCAUUCUUUGACGUUGACUGAACAUUAAGACGCAUGCUGGUUUAUCGGGACGAUGGCGAUUCUAAGAUUUUCACUUACACUUGGACUAUUGCACAGCUCCGUAUCAAUUGCGGCUCCUAAUGGUGAAGU